AUGGACAGACAACGGCUUCGCCCACGAGCGUCGCACCUUCUUCCGCUAAUAGCGUGCAUACAGACUCCUCCGUACGGCCGAGGAACCGGAAAUGCCGCCGGAAACACACCAGCAACGACAUGCACGGAAGACGCACCGUGGCGAUCGAACCAUCCUGUGCAGCAGAUUCAGGACGGACAAAUACAAGAAAUUGUUUACACAGAAGUGUUCUCCUCACAGAGCGGAACCGAGACGCUGUAUAGCACAACCACGGCGACGACGGUGGUCACGGUCGGCAAUUGGCCUACGAACGCAGCUUGGGGUCAUGGACCGCCAGGAUGGCAUGGAGAUCUGCCAAGUGAUGGGGCUACGUCGACGCCGACGGAUUCCUCCCCAGCAACUUCUCUAUCAAGCAGCAUCUCCACUUCUGCUCCGACUUCGAGCGCCACGGCCACUAUGUCAACGAGCCCUGUAUUCUCUGCUGCCGCUAUCAGCAGCACUAGCCAGUCCUUCAGCAGUACUACGUCAGCGAGCCAGACGCCCAGCACUUCUGGCUCGACCAGUGCAAUAUCAGCAGCUUCUCAGGCACCAACGAGCGUACCAGAUAGCUCUUUGACAUCUCUGACAACGUCUGAAGUGCAGUCGGCAACACUCACGCUUAACCGAACUACGUCGACAUCAGUCAUCACUUCGUUGGAUACCGUUGGCAACCCAUCGUCGCAGCCAUUUCAAACGUCGAUCGCCAACGCAACGUCAACGCUCUCGCUCAUCAACACUUCAACAUUGAGUAGUCUUGGUCCCACGGCGACUGCGAAUGUCACAGCUAUCAACGCCAAUGAUAUCUUCCAGGCCAUUGCCACAGACGCACCGCCAUCACAGAUCACCUCGAGAGCGGAUCACCCUGUCCCGACACUAGGCAUCCAGCAACAACAAGAAAGGCUAGAGACCAACAAGUUUUACGCCAACUUCUUUCUUGGUGAUCAAGCUGCUGGUACAUGGACACAUCCGUACUCUGUUUCGUGGUCGAAAGGUGCUGGUGAGACAAAGAGCUGGGGUCUGGCUAUUAGUCACAUUGAGCGAACGCAGCUGGCUGAGGGCUCCAAAGAUCCUUCAAAAGAUGCAGGCGAUGCAUCAUUCUUCGCUGGACCAAUCGGACUACAGUCAAUCGUGCUUUCUGCUACUGAGCUCGCAGGUAACACUCAGCUUACUACGGACACCUUGACUGGAUUCUCGGCCAACGUCAAUUUGCUUGCAAAUUCUGGUGCGAGUCCGGCUAUUACUUUCCCGCUGGUACAAGGCAUGGCCUUCGUGACUGGCCUAUACAGUGGCGUGACACCGCUUCUCGAAUCUGGUAGUGUGAUCCAGACGCUCACAUACGUCGGGACAGUGAUCAAUGGGCAGACGUACAAGUAUCGUGCAGCACUCAACGAUGGCUUCAACUGGGUCAUCUACAUUACCCCGUCGGUAUCAGGCUAUCAAACGACCUCCUUCACUCUGCUCUCUUCUGGCGAGAUUCAAGGACCAUCUGGCUUUGCGGGUUCGAUCCAAGUAGCGAAAGUGCCCGGCGGAUCUCAGGAUGCGGAGUCCGUCUACGACGCUUCUGCUGGUGCUUAUCCGACUGGCGCCAACAUUAGCGGAUCCGUACAAGGUACUGCUGGGAGCUACACUCUCUCGUGGUCGAAGGGUGGUAUCCAAAGCCAGAAGCUACUGAUCUUCGCACUCCCGCAUCACCUGGAGACUUUGUCGUACGGGUCUGGAGCUGGCAAGACUGAUGUCCAACUCUGGACCACUACCAAAGGUCUCGCCACAGCCAUCACAGGCGAUUCCUGGACUCUCGACGAGGCAACACUGCCCAUCGCCAUGAGCUUCGCACCUUGGUCCCCGCAGCAAGGCAGCAUCGAAGCGGUCUCCAGUGAAGCCGAAGAUGCCAUCAAUUCUGCAGCGUACGCAGAGCUGGACCAGGACAUUGCCAAACAGACCAACUCUGGAAGUCUCUACUACGAUGGCAAAGCUCUGGCCAAAUUCGCUGCCAUCUGCUACACCGCCAACGACAUUGCCAACAACAAGACUCUCGCCGCGACUGGCCGCCAGCUACUCGAGACAGCGUUCGCUCUGCAUGUUGACAACCAGAUGCCCACACCACUCGUCUACGACACACGAUGGGGUGGCGCAGUAAGUUCAGGUAGCUACGGCAACGACAACUCCGGCGUUGACUUUGGCAACACGUACUACAACGACCACCAUUUCCACUAUGGCUACUUUGUCUACGCCGCCGCUGUGAUCGGCUACCUUCGACCUGCCUGGCUGAACGAAGGCACGAACAAGGCGUGGGUCAACAUGCUGGUCCGUGACUAUGCCAAUUCUGUCAACAACGACCCGUACUUCCCUUUCCAGCGCAUGUUCGACUGGUACCACGGCCAUAGCUGGGCGCACGGGAUAAUCGAGUCCGCCGACGGCAAAGACCAGGAAUCGUCCUCUGAAGAUACCAUGGCCUCCUACGGAAUGAAGAUGUGGGGCCAGAUCAUCGGCGACACCAACAUGGAAGCUCGUGGGAACCUGAUGUUGGCUGUUCAGGCCCGAAGUCUUCAGCAUUACUACCUCCUUGCCAACGACAACACGGUGCAGCCGAGCAAUUACAUUGGCAAUAAAGCCGGCGGGAUCAUGUUCGAGAACAAGAUGGAUCAUACGACGUACUUUGGCACCGAGCCGGAGUAUAUCGAGGGGAUCCAUAUGCUGCCCCUCAUGCCCUUCAGCACUCUCUCCCGCACACAGACGUUCGUGCAACAGGAAUGGAACGCCUAUUUCGGGUCCUCCGGGAUCAAACCCGCUGCGAGCGUCACGGGCGGGUGGAGAGGUAUCCUGGUCGCUAACCAAGCUAUCUUCGAUGCGAAAACAGCUUACUCCUUCUUCAGCUCUAGUACUUUCGACAUCAGUUUUCUCGACAACGGAGCAAGUCAGACUUGGUAUCUGGCUUGGUCCGCAGCUCUGGGAGGAUCGCCGGCCUCGAAGAAGGUCAAGAGGAGUGCUGAGAUGAAUGUGGAGGCGCAUUUGGAGAGGAAAGGCGAGAUUGUGAGUCAUAAGUUGGGAAAUGAGGAUGGGUAUAUUGGGGCGACUCCGACGAGGAGAAGUGGGCGAUCGUCCAGGCUGCAGCAGCGGAUGAGUGGAUGA